AUGCCUUUCACUGCUUCCGACAUCUGCAAGAUCAUUUUUGCCAUCAUCCUGCCCCCUCUGGGUGUCUUCCUGGAGCGCGGAUGUGGUGCUGAUCUGCUCAUCAACAUCUGCCUGACCAUUCUGGGUUGGUUGCCUGGUAUCAUCCACGCUCUCUACAUCAUUUUCAAAUACUAG